GCAGUAUUUUGAGACGAAACGCUUCGGAACGUCUUAUCCUUUCAAAAAAACUCCUUACGGUGCCGUUUAACAAUCUAAAAUUAUCCGGAUAAUAAUAUGGCAUCCUUAAUGAACAAGCCCAAGAGUGAAAUGACACCUGAGGAACUUGCUCAGAGGGAGCAAGAAGAGUUUAAUACUGGUCCUCUUUCCGUCUUAACGCAAUCUGUGAAGAAUAACACUCAAGUCCUGAUCAACUGUCGAAACAACAAGAAGCUGCUAGCUAGAGUGAAAGCUUUCGAUAGGCACUGUAACAUGGUCUUAGAAAACGUGAAAGAAAUGUGGACUGAAACACCCAAAUCAGGAAAAGGGAAAAAGGCAAAACCAGUUAAUAAGGACAGAUACAUUGCCAAAAUGUUUCUUCGAGGAGAUUCUGUUAUCUUAGUGUUGAGGAAUCCAAUGGCAGCUGGAAAGUAAAGUAUGAUUCAUUCUUGUAUCAUAUUUUGUAAAAAGGAACUCUGAUGUCAGUUUGAACGUUUCUCUUACGAGUUGGCAACUGUUAAAAACACCUACAGCCACCAUCACCUGGAUUUUUUUCUGCAAAUGUCUUUAUACGCAUGCAUCAAGGAGUUGGUGUGUAUGAAUUGUGAUAAAUAAAGUGCUAAACGAGCUAUACUCUUCUUAGUGAUUUCUGUAAACAAACAAUGUGAAUAGCAAGUGCAAAGAAGCUGAAACUCUCUAUGUGAGGGCUGUAGGUAAUGACACCACAGGCUGCUAGUCCUUUAGUCAUCCUUUAGGUAAAGUUUCAGUCACUUGUCAAACUUUCUUGGGAGCAACUACACAUACAGGACCACUUGUGAAGAAGUGGCCCAGUAUUCUGUAGGUUAGCCUUUUCCUGAGAUAGAAGCCUGGAAUAUGGCAGUGUCGAUAUGUGAAUUGCAGUAACAUUAUUUCAAGAUUCAAGAGGCUUACGUUAACAGCUUGGAUGUUGGCUGCUGUUUCAUUAUUAUUGACUGAUAAAGAUCAUGGUGAACUCACAUGCCCUUUUCGUCUAGUGAUUCAAUUUAUUUGACUAUUGUAUCUAAGUGACAGAAAUGAUUAAGCAAUAAAAAAGACUUUUACUAUCUAACAAA